AAAUUAUCUUCAUUCUGAAAUAUUGUGAAGAACAAUGGAUCUGGUACCUAGCAGGGUUCAUGCUCAUGUUAGUGCAAAUACCAGCUGAUGUACUAGAACCUUCCGCCAAAGGAGAUGUCAUUAAUAUCGCUACAAAACAAAAAGGAUACAGAGCCCUUGUGAUAGCGAUAUUGUUCCAUUUUGGUUCCGGUAUAAUCAGCAAUGUUUUUGGUGGGCUUUCCCAUGCAUGUCUGCAGCGUGCCACUUCCCUUGCUGGCAGAAAAAUGAAAGUCGAUCUCUUCAAAUCGAUGCUGAAUAAGGAUAUUGCUUUCUUCGACGCUAAUCCUUCAGGAGAGUUAGUCGCAAGAUUGGACGAUUGCGAUACCGCCUCGGAAGCUGUAUCAGCUGAUCUAAUAACGUUCGUUCAAAACAUAGUCUUAACCAUUAGUUCGCUGGUGUUUGUCCUGAUUUAUUCAUGGAGACUAACAGUACUAUUUUUCAUUACUUUUCCUACUAUGUACAUCAUGACUGAAAUGUACGGAAACUUCAGUAGUAGAUUGUACAGAAAAUCACGAUCGAUGUCAGCAAAGGUCACGCAAUUAGUUACUGACGUAUUGUCAACGAUGAGGACCGUGAGAUCUUUUGGAUGUGAGAGGCGAGAAGUCAAAAGGUUUUCUGACAAUCUCGACAAACUGCUGCUUCUCGAAAAUAAAAGUUCUCUUGGCAGCGCCGGAUGGUCUUGGACUGUUGAUAUCGCUCAAAACCUUACUGAUGCACUAGUGAUGCUCUACGGCGGUCAUCAAAUCUUAACAGGGCGAAUGCCACCAGCUGUACUCACGACGUAUUUUUUAUAUAUGGAUAGGCUUGACAGCAAUGUCCACUACAUUAUCGACACAAUGACGUCAGUCUGGGAAUCCUUGAAUGCAACGGAACAGCUACUUAUCUAUAUGAAACAAAUCUCGGAUCAUGAGAAGAAAGGAACAGAAAAACCUGGCAUAUGCGGAAAAGUCGAAGUCAAGUCGGUGGACUUUGCAUACCCAUCAAGGUCUUCCGAGAAAGUUUUGAAGGACGUUAACCUGAAAAUUGAAGCUGGAAGUACCGUUGCUCUCGUUGGUGCGAGCGGUGGAGGAAAGUCGACUAUUGUGGCUUUGCUAGAGCAAUUCUACAAGCCGCUGAGAGGUUCCAUUACACUAGAUGGUACACCUGUUGAAAAAAUUGACCAUGAGUACUAUCACGAAAAGAUCUCUCUGGUAGCGCAAGAGCCAGUACUGUACGAUUGUUCUAUACGAGAAAAUAUCCUUUACGGCUGCGAAUGGGCAACAGAAGAGGACAUGAUAGAAGCAACAAAGAUGGCCAACGCUCACAACUUCGUGACAGGACUGGAGAAAGGCUAUGACACAUGCUGUGGAGAACGAGGAGCUCAGCUGUCAGGUGGUCAGAAACAACGAAUCGCACUUGCCCGAGCCCUGGUACGAAAGCCAACGGUUCUUAUUCUUGAUGAGGCUACCAGCGCGUUGGAUUCGCACUCUGAGUACGAAAUACAGCAAGCGCUGAAAAGGAUCGCGGGAACGUUGACAGUUCUUAUCGUAGCUCAUCGGCUGUCAACUGUGAAAAAUGCUGAUUGCAUAUACGUCAUUGAGAAUGGCACUAUUGUCCAAAGCGGGACGCACACGGAACUAUUGCGGGAUGUCAAUGGCACAUAUUUUUCACUUGUCGCAAAACAAAGAAGCGACAUCUGACAGAAUGAGUAUACCAGGAAGUGAUGUAUGGAAGCCGUUCAACAACAGAAGAGCUCAACUGAAUCUUGCUCAAUAAGUAAGGACUACGAAUAAAGAC